GAGCGCAGCCGAGCUCAGCCAUGGACCGCCGCCCGCUCGCCCUCCUCCUGCUGCUCCUGCUCGCCGCCCUGCCCGGCACCCGCGGGAAACCCAUCAGCCUGACUUACCGCUGCCCUUGUAGGUAUUUUGAGAGCCACGUCGCCAAGUCCCAGCUCAAGCACCUGAAGAUCUUGACCGUCCCCGGAUGCCCCCUUCAGGUCAUUGCAAGACUGAAAAACAGCAGUAAACAGAUCUGCAUCGACUCCAAGUUAAAGUGGAUUCAAGAGUACCUGGAGAAAUACUUUCAAAAGAGAGUCAAGAUGUAAGCGAGGAGCAGCGCUGGCUGCCUGCGGGAUGCUUCUCCGUAGGAGCCGGAGACCUCCGUCCCCCUCACUCUCUUCCAGCCACCCACCCCCACCCCCCACCCCCGAUCCUGGGCAGAGGAGAGCCUCUCUGGCUCAGGGCUCCAUGAUGAAGUUCUCGGCGCCCUCCGAGGCUCCACGGUUGCCCGAGUUCCUUAUUUGCACAGAAACAUCUUGUCUUUGCCAAUAUUGUCCGAUGUAGCAGGAACUGCUUGGUUUUUCUAUUUUAUUUUUUGUAUCACUAACUUCAAGAGCAGCAACUUGUAUGAAACAGAGCAUUAAUCCCUUCUGCUGUGCAGAAUCCGGGCAGUGACCCCUUGAUACGUUUGCGUGGGGGAGAAGGAGGGAGGGAGGGGGGAGACUUUGGGGAGAAUUAUUCAAAGGGUAUGUGUGUGAGAGAGAUGGCCAGCACUGUGUUAUGCGAAUGGCUCUUCUUUGCAUGUGCAAGAGUCGCAGCUGAGGUUUCAGGCAUCCAGACGGCAAAAUCAUAAUUUUUAGAGCGUGAGAGACAUACCUGUAGAAAAGAUUUCUGGUCUCCACAUUCAGAAUCGAGAGAAGGAGUGAGUGCAUGUUGAAUAUUUUUAUUUCUUCUCAGGGAACUCGAUCUGUGCCAUAAGCGACCAAAUUUUAUGAAUCGCAAGCUUAAAAGAUUUUUAUUGUAGCCAUUACUAAGAUACUAUGAAUUAUUAUAAACACUUUUACAAGUGAGUCCUGUGGAGUUUGCUCCUGGUCCAAAUAGCAGAGCUUUUUUUUUUAGUUGUGGUAAAAAGUAGCUUUUGAAAAUCAGACUUUAUUACGUUAAAUGUAAACCAAGCUGCCUUCAGAGCCCUUUUCCUUUACUUAAAAGAGAAACAAACGGUGCGCCUCCUAACGCAAUCCGUACCACAGCGGACAGAGAGGUUCUCCUAAUCUUUUCUCCCAUUUUUAAUCACCCAAAUAGCAAUAACAAAUUGCCGUCCAGGAUACAAGAGUGGAAUUCUUUCUCUGGGAGCAGAGAGUCAGGACUCCGGUGGCCUUUAAAUGCAGCUAGAAUGCAAAAAUAUUGUUCGAAUUGAAAUGCCAAAGAUAAACUCCAGUUAGUACUAGGUUGCCUGUCUUAAUCAACUUCUUCAAAUAUAUUUCCCCAGUAUUUUCCCAUCUACAAAUUCAAUGUACCAAAGACGAGACACAUCAGUUUGUUACUAUUGGGAGAAUUGUAAGAUGUUUUGCUAGUAUGGUUUAGUUUUGUGCGUUCCCCUCCUCAAAAUACACUAUGCAAUGAGUGUUCAGUAGCUAUAAUGGGGCGGAGGGUGGGGGGAGAGAACCAGGACUGCAAUCGAGGCAGCUCCAGAUUGCCCAGCAAUGACUUAAAUCAGUGUUUCUUCACCUUACAACUUUAAGAUCUCUGCACUUCAUCUCCCAGAAUUCCCCAGCCAACAUGACUGGCUGGAGAAUUCUGAGAAUCGAAGUCCAAAGAGUUUAACGUUGACAAGGUGGAGAAACAGUAACUUAGAUAAUGGGACUUUCGGAGGGGGUGUAUCAUUGUGGACUGGUGGGGGUUCAAUUAUAUCUAACACUGCAGGCACGCAUGCAUCACAUACACACUCACAACCUUCUAGUCAUAUCCAUUCCACGCACAAUUACAUGCUUCUGGCCCUACUGGAUAUAAUAAGAUUAUUCUGCGUAUUAUGCUAUGUUCCUAAAUACCCUUGGCAAAGCUAAACACUAUAUAAAUCUAAUAAAACAAACAAACAAACAUAAAACAAACUCUUCAACUCAAAGUAGUCCAACCUUGCUUUGGCUCUUGUAAGAUUCUAUUAAUAACAGGAACUUGCUGGGCAGGUGUUACCUUUGGAGGCUAUGCUACAUAUUGGGAGUGCUAAUUAAUACUUCCUAUUCUUAAUAUAUGCUUUUACUAAAGAGAAAAUGAAUUUAACGUUCAAAAACUAUCGAGGGACACGUAAGAGUUAGGGUUCAAAUUCCAGAUGCUCCGAAGGUAUCUUUGUUUCUCAGUAACCCUAUUUUAAAAAAGGCAUGGAAACUGCAAGAGACCAGAGGUUUCAGCAGACUCUUAGAGAAGGUGGAAAAACUGGCUCAUUGCUGGAUUGCCGAAUUCACGCUGAUUCCACCGGGAAUGUCCAGCCGUGCGUGAUGCUUACGAGAGGUUCCUGGUGAUCCCCCUCGGCUACGUCCAUGCAGCAGUUCCAAAACCCCUCGGUAAGAAACUAGUUAGCCUGCCUGCUCUGCUGUUGCUUAGGAGGGAGAAAAAGGAGCCAUGAGAGAGAGAGAGAGGGGGGGGGGGGGGAAGAGAGGCUCAGGUGAAGCCCUGUGACGCAUCUCGGCCCCAUCUUGAGGCACACCAGCAAGGGUUCCCUAAGAGAAAUGCAGCUCUCACAGCCUGGAGGAAGAUCAGAUCAGGGUUUGACAGCGUGGAUUGUUUUCAGGGCAAGCAGUGAUUCAUGCUAUUGUUCUAUGGAUGGUCUAGUUAGCAGGCCCACAGGUUUUCCCAAAAUAAUGUGAAAAAGACUUUUCAUCAUGAAAAGAAAAAUGUAUAACUACUUCAUGCUAUUUGUUUUGUAAAUAUAUAUUUUUGCAAAGUAUGUAAGCACUUGUUAAUUUUCUUAAUAAAGUUUGUAUUCAGUGUUCGA